AAACUUUGAUAAACGCGCGUGCAUGCAGAUGCACGUGGAUUCGACAGAUACUUGUUUGAGAAAAACAAAGGAAAGAUGAAAUUCUCAUACAAGUUCAGUAAUUUACUUGGCACAGUUUAUCGUAAAGGAGACUUACUCUUUUCCCGAGAUGGAUUGUCAGUUAUUAGCCCUGUGGGCAACAGGAUCUCGAUUUUUGACCUAAAGAACAACAAAUCCAUGACGCUUCCUAUAGAAAGCAGAUAUAAUUAUACUACUAUUGAUGUAUCACCAAAUGGUAGUAUGUUAGUUGCAAUUAACGCAGAUGGCGAAGCUCAUAUCAUCAGUUUGAUAAGCAAAGCUAUUUUACAUAAGUACAGAUUUAAAGGACGUCCCAAGCGUGUAAAAUUCUCUCCAGAUGGAAAGCACUUUGCAGUUUGCAAAGGAGGCGGCGUUUUUGUUUUCAAUGCGCCAGGCUUACAAACGGGUGAUUACAAUCCUUUUAUUAUGGAACGCGCGUUUCACGGAGCUACUGCUGAAACAACGUGCGUCAGUUGGUCUUUCGACUCGAAACUAUUAGCAGUUGGUUCGAAGGAUACCACAGUGAAGAUAUAUAGUUUACAAAAAUCGGCGAACUUUAGAUGGGUUACGUUAGGUGGUCAUUCCGAUGUAAUUGUGGCAUGUUUCUUCGAAGCAAAGCAAUAUGAUUUGUACACUAUUAGCAAAAAUGGCCGAGUUUGUGUCUGGGAAUGUACGCUUGAACCGGAUGAUUGGGUUGAAUGGGAACCACCUUCAAAGAAGGACAAAUCCAAAGAUAGUGAUAGCGAGGAUGACAUUGAUAUAGACAAAAUUAUAGAGAAGACAGAGAAGCAAAAGGCUCAUGCUGAACGUAAACUGUUAAACGCAGACGACUUGCCGCAAGAUGAUGAAGAAGAAGAAGAAGAAGAAGUCUCGACAAAAGAGGAAAAUAAAAAGGGAAUGAAAAUGUUGGGUUAUAAAAAGCGAGCUACUUUUUAUCUAGCAGACGAAGUUCACAAACAAUAUAAAGAUGCGAAACUUACUGCAGCUGCUUAUCAUCAAGAUACUCAUAUAUUAGUUAUUGGAUUUAACAAUGGUUCAUUUUACUUGUAUGAGAUGCCACACGCCAAUUUGAUCCAUUCAUUAAGUAUUUCUCGACAGCGUAUUUCGUCGAUUGCGUUGAAUUCUUCUGGAGAUUGGAUAGCUAUAGGAUGCUCUCACGCUGGUCAGCUCCUGGUUUGGGAAUGGCAAAGUGAAACAUACGCUAUGAAACAGCAAGGGCAUCGAACUAAUAUGAACUGUUUGGCGUACAGUCCCGACGGCCAAUAUAUUAUAACGGGUGGUGACGACGGGAAAGUUAAACUAUGGAAUACGUUAACUGGAUUUUGUACGCUUACGUUCCAUGAGCAUACUUCAUCGAUAUCCAGUGUUCUGUUCAGUCACAAUCGUAAAUUCGUCGCGUCUGCCUCGUUGGAUGGAACGGUGCGGGCGUACGAUCUAGUGAGAUACAGGAAUUUCCGUACUCUCACCUCGCCACGUCCAGUGCAAUUCUCCUGUUUGGCGAUCGACGCGAGCGACGAGUUUCUCGCUGCGGGUGGUCAAGAUUUCUUCGACGUGUAUCUAUGGAGCAUGAAACUCGGAACUCUUUUAGAGAUACUAAGUGGUCACGAGGGACCUGUUGCAAGCUUGGCAUUUAAUCCCAGUCCCGCCAGUACAGAACUGGUAUCCGCAUCCUGGGACAAGACAUUGAAAAUAUGGAAUGCGGUUGAGAAUGGUUCCGUGCACGAGACUAUACGCUUGACCGCCGAUGCGCUGUGCGUAACUUACAAACCAAGCGGAGAAGAAGUCGCUGUCGCUACACUGGAUGGGCAGAUUACGUUUUUUGAGUGUAAAACGGCAAGACAGACGGGCUUUAUCGAGGGCAGAACCGAUUUAGGCGCUGGUAGAUCCAAAACAGAUCUCAUCACAGCGAAAAAGAAUUUGCAGUCCAAAGCCUUCACUACGUUAUGUUACUCGGCUGACGGCACGUGUAUAUUAGCUGGUGGUCGUUCCAAGAACGUGUGCAUUUAUAAUAUUCAAGAAUCAAUAUUGUUGAAAAAAUAUGAGAUCACUCAAAAUAGAUCUCUGGAUGGUGUGGAUGAUGUUAUAAAUAGAAAGUACAUGUCGGAAUUUGGAAAUAGAGCUUUAAUCGAGCAUCGUGAAGGCGGAAACAUAUCGAUGCGAUUGCCAGGUGUCAAAAGUGGAGAUAUGGCAAGCAGGAGAGUCAAACCGGAAGUGAGAGUACUGUGUUUACAAUUCUCUCCCACAGGUCAAGCAUGGGCGGCAGCAACAACGGAAGGUUUGCUGAUAUACUCUUUGGAUAUUGGAUUGAUGUUCGAUCCAUUUCAAUUGGAGCUUGGAGUUACUCCGGAUACUGUCAAAGAAACACUUGACAAACACGACUAUGCAAAAGCAUUAAUGAUGGCAUUGAAGUUAAAUGAGAAGCUAUUAACGCAACAAGUUAUAGAAACCAUUCCGUACAAAGAAAUUGAAUUAACAACGACGAGCAUGCCAGACGUUUAUAUCGAGAAGCUCCUGAAAUUUAUAGCGGCCGAAUUGGAAUCAACGAGGCAUAUACAUUUCUAUCUUUUAUGGGUAGAAACAAUUUUGACGAAAUACGGGUCACGGAUCAAUACUUCACUUCAGAUGCCGGUAUUAUUAAUGCUGCAUAAGAACAUGCAAAAGAAAUACGACGAUCUUAGUAAAAUAUGUGAUUUUAAUCAAUACACGAUAAGUUAUAUACUGAGGAUAGGAGACCUAAAAUCUGCGAAAGAUGCAUCGAGGCAUUCUGCGAUCACGAUAGACGACGAAUCUGAUAUUUCCAUAGAAGAAGUGGAUACGGAUUAAGCUUCAUUAAAAUUUUUCGUAGAAUGAAAACUUUGUUAGUAUAAAAGUAUUGUAAAUAAAAAAAUUAACAAA